AAAUAACUCGCGGUUUUUCCGUGGGAUAGGGUUGGAUUGUUUGGACUAGCGGACGACCAUGAGUUUUAACAUGCAGCUUGUAGAUGGAUCAAUCAGGUCACAUCUGACGAAAUGGUCCUGCGCAUGGAUGAUGCUUUCAUCCAGUGUCAUCCAGUGGUGUCCCUCAAAUAUAUCCUUUAUUGUCGGUAUUCGAGGACCGAUACCCUUCUUGCGCGAUCAGACCCUUACACGACAGCGAAACGUGGAUCUCUCAGUGGCCAAAGUCUGGGUGACUGCAUGAGAACAAUCAUUCUAUCGCCGGCACCUUCAAUUCGUACCAUUGCCUCAAGGUCAUCCGGGUACAAAACUUUUAUUUAGCUCACAGCAAUCAUCGUCUCGGGGGAAAGUACAAAGGCAGACUGGUUGAUCGAAUCAUGAUUGUCGUAACGGGCUUUUGCCAGGCUCAGCACCGCAUUUCUCCAUUUCUUUCACGGCCGGUACGUCCCAUGGAAAUAACAAGUCCCCUUGUUCAUUCAAAUUUCACGCCCUCGAUCCUUUUACUCAAGUCGAGGCCUUUCGCCGGGGCGCGGGUGAUUGGAGUGGCGAUAGGCAAGAAUAUAAUUUGUCUGACGGAAAGGGGGGGAGGGACAGCCGAUCAACAAAGGAACGAGUUGCGAACAAAAGAAUACCCGCAAUUCAAAAUCGGCGACCAACUGCAGCACCUUCGAAUUGCGUCCGACCGGGAAAUAUCCUUCGAUUCUUCAGAGAUCGGGUGCGGAUGAAUGCACUAGUUUGUCAGGUGGGUGGCCCAGACAAAGAGAACCAGUAUAUGGACAUAACCGAAUUCGGUAUGUGUCAUCUUGUCCCUGCGUAAAUUUACUACGUUACCACGUUCCCAGCUCAAAAUUACUUAUUUCUUUGAGGAAUCGUGGCCAUGCUGAACCAUUAUAGCGAUCGCUGCGCGAUCUCAUUCGAUUCUUGCUUUAUUACUAUAAUCAUUAUCAGGGAACGCUGUGAAGGCCCGCUAACAUACGUAAUUUGCAAUCAGUUGUACACGCCGGGUUCUGAUCGAUUAUCAC